AUUAAAAAAAAUUAAGAUAAAAUUAACGAAAAAUGGAUAUAUCCUCGCAACAAUCAACUGAGCGAAAACGACGCUAUAAGGAAUUGCUAAAUGAUUUAAAGAAACAAAACGACAUUGAUCAUAAUUUCUCGGUCGAUGAUUUGGUGAAACUACAGCGAAAUAUUGAAAUUAACAAUGAGAUUCAUGAGGAAAAUGCUACAGCCAUGAAGGAAUCGCAUAAUAAUAAUGCUGAAAUACUAAUGGAUGCUCACGUUUUGAAAGGCUUUCACGAGGUGAUAUCGAAGAUGUUUGUUGAAAGUUCGGGAUUCAAUGAUGCCGCUUACGCUCAUGCAUUAAAUUCUUUUAUUAAUCGAAGUGAGAAAAGCGAUUGGGAUAUUUUAGCUAAUAUCGCUAUGGAAGUCAAUAAGGCGGUUUACACAAAAUCGAGUAUGCUAGGCGCAGCUGAUAUUGAGCCCAGAGAACGUUUAACUAAGGAACGUCAGAAACGUCGUCCAAAAACAUCAACGCAAGAAAAACGUCCAGAAGUUAUAGGCAAAUUAAAACGCAAAGAUCGCGGUGCUGAGAAAAUCAAUAUAAUACUGAAACAAGUGAAUGAUUUAUAUAAAGCGAACAAUUGUCGACCAAUACCUUUCUAUAAAUUGAUUAUUGAUCCUGAAAAUUUUAUGAAUACUGUGGAAAAUGCCUUUCAGAUCUCUUUUCUGGCUCGAGACGGUAACAUUGCUAUCGAACGAGGUGAGGAUUCGUACCCGCAAAUUCGGGUUGCAAAUUCAGACGAAGUAAAAAGUAAGAUGGAAACCACGCAGGCAAUUUGCUCAUUGAACGUGGAAUUAUGCGAGAAAAUGAAAAGUUUUUACGGAAUAGAAGAGUCAAUGCUUGUUGUACCAGAGGAUGAAGACUCGUCCGACGAAAGUGAGCAUUCAGAAAAUGAUGAUAUCAAUGUACAAUAA